UAGGAGGGCGGGUCGCGUCGGCUGUGAGGCCGUGUUCUAUUUGUGUAAUUCGUACGGUUCUGAUCUGAAUAGUCGAUGUAUUUCUUGAUGUAUAUUGUUUGUCAUUCUUUGUAAUCACGAAGGGAAAGUUCGCUGUUAUAGGGAAGCCUUUCUUUCGCCAAACUUUGUCUACAAAAAAUGGAAUCGCCAACACUCGCCUGCAACCCGCCAGACGAUGUACUGUUUUGCGUCUUUGCCUAUCUGCCCAUCCCAGAGUUGGUCCGAUGUGCUACUGUAUGCAAGCAGUGGUACAAAAUUGUGACAGGGUUCACCCACCUGUGGAAAGGGAAAAGGUACGUCAGCAAUAGAAGUCCGAGAGAAUCUGCCGAGACGUGCGCCGUAUUGUCCAUCGUACCGCUGUUGCAGGAAAUCGAAAUCAAGGUGGCCAAAAUGUUUGAGGUGAAAAUUUACUACCCACAGUUGUUGUUGUCGGUGACCAACAUGUCUGACAUACGAGCUGUGCAGGACUGUCAGAGACUAGGGUCUACGCACGUGACAACUGAUCUCAGCAUUGCAGAUAUAGUCUUCUCUUCUCGUUCGCCUAUCUGUUUUACAGCGCUCCGGACGCUGAAGAUUGUCAGAGGGAACCCGACACUGACACUCUUCAAGCCGGGCACUAGGGCGGAAUGUGCCAUCAUCUCUGCCUUGGAGCUGUGCCCGUUUCUCACGGAGCUGAGCCUCGACGUAGAGUCCCUGUCGGCGAACUACUUGGACUCUCUGGAAGGGCUCGGCCGGCUGGAGGUUCUAAGAAUCCACUGCCGCAGUCUGAAUGACCUGACGUUCCUACGGCACUGCUCGGAUAAACUGGAGGAACUGGAACUGGAAAGUUGCGACGACUUGCCGUCGGCUGCGUACGCGGAGCUCCGCCACCUCGGGAAACUGCAGAUGUUGCGGCUGUGCGACUGCCGUGUGGGGGGAGCGGAUAUGGAGGUGGCCGCGGCAGGUCUGAGGUCUCUCGAGAAGCUGCAGUUGGAUCGUUGCGGAAUGCUCUCGGACCUGUCCUUCUUGCGGUUCUGCAGCCAGCUGCGGGAGCUCCGCGUUGAGGCCGAGGACGUGGUGCUGACUGGUCUGAAGCACCUGCCCACCGGACUCCGCUCGCUCUGCCUCGUCAACAACGCUCUGACCGGUGACGAACUCUCCGAGGUGCUCCCGUUCCUGCGGCUGCUCGAGGAACUGAACCUCUGCAACACAGAGCUGGUCCAACUGGGCUUCCUCCGCUACUGUCGCAGACUGCGCCGCCUCUGCCUCAAGAACUCUACCUGGCCCGACACGUCGGAACUGUCGAGCCCGUGCAAUCUGACGCGGCUCGAGACGUUGGUUCGAGAAGGUGCGGGUACGAUGUGGACGUACUCUCCGGAACGGUGUCGUCACUGCCGCGACUGGACACUCUGUCGCUGGCCUACGUACAGGACGCCGCCGGGAGGUCCCUCAGCCAGUGGUCGCAACGUCGCGCUUUGUUGCUUUUCUGAGUUUACGGGUUGGAGGUGGAUGCCCGUUGGGAACUUGAACACCUGAAUAAUUUGAACCUUUCUCCUUAUAUGUCACCACUUAGUGUGCAACUUUACCAGUGAAGUCAUCUGAUUGAGUCUGCCCCAAGUAAAAAUCUAUUGCUCGGAUUGCUUUGUAUAAACUUCUGUUACACGAGCUUUUCUAAGCAGAGGUGUCAACACCUGUAUAGAUUGAUGUAUAUUUAUUUGCCACGUAUGUUCAUUUGCUCAAUAAAUGUUUCCCUGUGUA